UUUUGAUGUGACAAUACAGAUGUGGUUGGCGAAAUUCCUGGAUUGCUGCAGGGUUUUGACUCAGCAAUCAUAAGUAUGCAUAGAAUAUAUUCCCUUGUACACCUCAAAUUAAAAGCUUAGUAUAACAGGCGCUGGACAGUCAACGCCGAUUACAGAUCUACAAUGAAGCGAUAUCUGUGGAUGUUACUGGCACUGCCGGUUAUGUGGGCACAAACUCAGCUGCAAGCUCCUCCAAAUUGUAUACAACCAGCCAAGCCUGGAUCUUGUUUGGCCGCCAUCACCAAUUACUUCUACAACACUACAUCUGGUCAGUGUGAAACCUUUCUUUUCGGGGGAUGUGGGGGCAAUGACAAUCGGUUCCAAAGUAAAGAGGACUGUGAGAGGAGAUGCUCUUGUCACAUGCCUCCUGGACCAGGUCCGUGUAGGGCUAGCAUGGAAAGGUGGUACUACAACGAAAAGAAGGGAUGUUGUGAGCGCUUCACAUUUGGAGGUUGUAAACCAAACGGAAACAAUUUCGAGUCAAAACGAGCAUGUGAGAAGACGUGUAACUGGAGCUUUUCUGGGAAACAGAAACCACUUGGCAUAGAAUGGGGAAGCGGGUACGACAGGAGGCUCGGAGAAAUCGUAUACAAAAAUUACGGUACGACAUAUGGCGGAAGUGGCACCAUUUGGCUGCAUAAUGAGAUAGAGUCCAUGAAAUCUGCUCCUACUGUAGGUAGUCAGAUCAUGGGUAUUAUCAAGAGAACGGGCAGGCGACAAGUACCGGGAGUACAGACUAAACAGCAAUUCCAGAUCAUGAUGGGAGGAGGUCAGGGUAGCGGUCAAGGUCAGGUGGGAAGUGGAGGUAUGAAUAUUGGUGGAAUUAGCGGGAUGACGAGUUCCGGUGGAGGAGGAGGUAUGUUAACUUCUGGCGGAAGAGGCGGGAUGAUGAGUUCCGGUGGAAGAGGCAGGAUGAUGAGUACGGGUGGAGGAGAUGAUAUGAUGGGCUCCGGCGGAGCUGGUGGUAUGAUGAGUGGUGGCAUGAUGAGUUCCGGCGGGGCGGGUGGAAUGAUGACUUCCAGCGGUGGUGGCGGAAUGAUGCCUUCCGGCGGAAGUGGUGGGAUGAUGAGUUCCGGCGGAAGUGGUGGGAUGAUGAGUUCCGGCGGAGGUGGUGGCAUGAUGAGAUCCGGCGGUGGUGGCGGAAUGAUGCCUUCCGGCGGAAGUGGUGGGAUGAUGAGUUCCGGCGGAGGUGGUGGCAUGAUGAGAUCCGGCGGAGGUGGUGGCAUGAUGAGUUCCGGUGGAAGUGGUGGUAUGAUGCCUUCCGGCGGAAGUGGUGGUAUGAUGGGUUCCGGCGGAGGUGGUGGUAUGAUGAGUUCCGGCGGAGGUGGCAGAUGGCAAACUGGAGGCGGUCAAGGAGCAGGAUUAGGCCCAGGAAUUACGAACAUUCAAGUCUAAAACAGUUGCAAUGUCUCAAUCCCAUCAUUGAUAUUAAUAAGCGUGAUCUAUUAUUCUCCGGAUUAGGGUAAAUCAAAGGUUGCUGUUUGCAAACAGACAUGUACUAAUGUACAUUUUAUUACGUAACUUUGACUCUCAAUAACUAAGCUCUACUCAAAGGAAUCUUAAAGGUUUUCUUAAUACAUCAUUAUUGUUGCUGUUGUUUUAAUUAAAACUUUAAAAAAAAAAAAGUAUGAGUUGUGAAAGGGUUUAUAUCUGUCCGAUUACCUUUUUUUUUAUAUGAACACCCAUCGCUCUUUCAAUAUGAUUUCGAUAGAACAGGCAUUCAAGAUGCAUUUUUGUCUGAAACAUGAUUAAAGACUAUCUCUGUAUCUUAA